AUGUUCUCCUCCAAGAAGUCAAUGGUAGGCUACGUGGAGGACGUUGACGAGGAUAUCAGCAGCACUAUUGGCCUGGAGGGCACUCGACGAUACGCCAGAUCUGAUUACGCCCGAUCUGAAGCGCCCAGAAGCCCUGAGCGUUCCAACACCAGCAAGCCCCGCAACGAUAGAGGUUACUCAGACUCCGAGAGUGAAGAGUCAGCAUCCAGCGUCAGCAGCGCUUCUUAUUCUGAAGACGAGACACACACACCUCCCAAGAGAGAGAAGAUGAGGCCUGUUGCUGCCGAUCCCCGGCGCCCCAUGCACCCAGACCGCCAGCCUCGCCGCGAUCCUCGGGAGCCUCGAGACCCUCGAGACCCUCGCGGCCCGCGAGAGGUCAGAGACCGCCAGAGGAUGGAGAGGAAGCCCAGAGAGGAUGAUGAGCCGAGAAGGAUGAGGCCCGAGCCCAAAGACAGAGACGCCAGAGCCCCGCGAGAGCCCCGAGGUCCCAAGAAGACUCGGCCUGGCCCUCCCAAGCACGCCGCCUCUCAGCCUGUUGUCAACCAAGCUGGCUACCGACGAGGACAGUUCGAGGACCCGGCUGCCUACGGAGUCCAACAGCCUGCUGCCUCCACCCAGCGACCUCGAGCCCAUACUCGUCCUGCAAGCUACUAUGCAGGCCAGCCGCCCCCACCGCUUCCUCCUCUGGACGUUUGGAAUGGGCCUCAACCUCCGCCAUACGGCAUGCCCGGCUUUCAGCCCCCGCCCAUGUUUUCUCCUCUUGGCCCUGGCCCUCCUGGCGGACCUCCAAUGCAUCCCAACAUGCCACCUCAGUCCCCUAUGGGCAUGCCACCACCGGGAUCUUUCUUCCCUUUCGACCCUAUGGGGCCACCUGGACCACACGGUCCGCCUGGGCCGCCUCCUCCGGGCGAGCAGCUAAGGCACCGCUUUGAUGGACGCCCCUCAUCUGCUCUUGGCUUUGGCUCUCCUCAAGAGGCCUUGGAGUACUUUCCUGAGGAGUAUGAUGGCUAUGUCGAAGAGCCGUCCCAGAAAGUUGCCCGCCGUCCCUCGCGACCCAAGAAGCAGCCGAUGCCAGAAGAGCGCAAGAAGAUGCCUCCUCCGGAAUAUGCUCCAAAGCGUACCCAGUCAGCAAGGCCAACCGCAGGCGCCUACAAGCCGCCCAUGGCACCGCGUGAGCCUCUACGGGAGCAACCGCGAGAACAUCUGCGAGAGCAAGCACGGGAGCAGGCACGGGAGCACAUGCGUGACCAGCGUGAGCGCGCACAAUCACGACCGGCUCAGCAGCGACCACCGCCAGCCCACCGGAGGUCUGUUGGCUUCGUGGACACGCAUGGCUUCGAAGACGACGAGUACCUGGGCGGUGAGGUGGAUCUCUACCAAGAAGUUCCCCCCAACCAGCGCCGCAAUGCCCUUACUCGGCCUCGACGCAGCCAGUCUGUCGCCUAUGACCAAAACGGCUAUGACAUUGUCCCCGCUGGUAAUCGGGGCCGUCGCGGGUCCAUGUAUGGACCUGGGCCUCACGAUUCUUUUGGUGGCGCCAGCCUUGAGGACGACAACAGGUACUUUGAUGCUUUGCGGUACCAGGAGGAUGUCAGCGGAGGCACACCGAUGCCCUUGACUGCCGAGUCGCUGCGCAAGGCAUCCAAGCGUGGAGAGUUGGCCAGCAGCCGAUCAACCAGGAGCAGCGGAAGCCAUGACGAGAGUGACUAUAGGCGAAGCCACACCACUGGCCACACCACUCAAUCUUCUGCCGCACACGAUGACUUCACCAUCAAGGUUUCUGGGCAAGCAGUUGUCAAGAUGCCCGGUGCUCAGAUUGAAUGCGAUGGAGGCGAAAUCACCUUUAGCAGCGGCCGAAACGGACCCUCUGGUUCAGGACCACCAGGCGCUUCUCGUGCUGGCAGCGACAAGGAGAGCACCGUCUACCAGCUUGACGAUGCACGUAGCUCUCGCAUGGACCGCAAGGCGCUGCCUCAUCGCCCACGCGCAACCAGCCAGUCUGAUGUCCACAGCCGUAUCUAUGCUCCGCUGCGCGGCCCAUACGAGCACGCACCGUAUGAGCAUAUUCCCUAUGAACCAUAUGAUUCGUAUGGCUCGCAUGAGCGCAUUACUUAUGAACACGCACCCUACGACCCAUCCCUCGCUGCUCACGACUAUUAA